AUUCUUAAUAAUAUAUAUAUUUCUAUGUUGUUUAGAAGGUUUUUUAAUGGUUUUUGGCGAAAAUCCGGUCGAAAACGGCCAGAAAACAGGAUAUACAAGCAAUUGGGCUGUACUUGUUUCUACGUCUAGAUUCUGGUUUAAUUAUAGACACAUGGCAAAUACAUUAGGGAUGUAUCGUACGAUUAAACGGCUUGGAAUUCCUGAUUCUCAGAUUAUAUUGAUGCUAUCGGAUGAUGUUGCAUGUAAUUCUAGGAAUGUUUUUCCUGGAAGUGUAUUUCAUAACUCGGAUCAUACAUUAGAUUUGUACGGAGAUGAUAUUGAGGUAGAUUAUCGUGGAUAUGAGGUUACGGUGGAGAAUUUUAUUAGAUUAUUAACAGGAAGAGUUCUUCCUGAUGCGCCUAGAUCGAAACAACUCUUAACAGAUGAUCGAUCGAAUAUUUUUGUGUAUAUGACAGGACAUGGAGGGGAUAAUUUUUUAAAAUUUCAAGAUUUUGAAGAAAUAUGUUCUCAUGAUAUUUCAGAUGCAUUUGGACAAAUGUGGGAAAAGAGACGAUAUCAUGAGAUUUUAUUUAUGAUAGAUACAUGUCAAGCAAAUACGAUGUUUUCGAAGUUUUAUUCUCCGAAUAUUCUUGCAAUUGGGUCAUCAGAAUUAAAUGAAUCAUCUUAUUCGCAUCAUUCUGAUAGAGAUAUUGGUGUAUCUGUUAUUGAUCGAUUUACUUAUUAUACUUUGGACUUUUUGGAAAAAGUGAAUAUUACUUCAGAACAUACAUUUAAGGAUUUAUUUGAUUCAUAUGAUAAAGAUCUUGUACAAUCUACUCCAGGCAUUAAAACUGAUCUUUUUAGUCGAAAAAUUGAGAAUGUUAAAAUAACUGAUUUUUUUGGAAAUAUAAGGAAGAUAGAAAUUAACCAAGAAGAUCAAAAAUUAAAAUUAGGAGAAUCAUCAAUUGAUAUAGUUGAGCCAUAUAAUUUUUCGGAGACCAAAUCAAAUUCUACUUCAAAAUCAAACUUAAAAAAAUCAAGCAUGCAUUUUUCUGAGUUGCAAAAAGCAACUCGUUUACAAUCACCAGAAAGAGCAUUAAAAUUUAAGGUUAUAGGCAUUACAAUUUUUUGCAUUAGCAUUUUAAUUUUAAUAUGUAAAUUUUAAUUUUUAUAAUAUUUUAUAUGUAGGAUAUAACUUAUUUUAUUAU